CUCUAAUGGACCAAUGAAAGCCAACGAUGACAAGUUGUGGUCAACAGUCCUUGAAUGUGCUGAUGGUUCUGCUUUCCUUACUCUUGUCAGCAGCAUUGUCUGCACAUUUUCGGGUCUGCGAGCCAUAUACAGACUACAAAGGUCGCUACCACUUUGGUUUUCACUGCCCACGUCUUUCUGACAAUAAAUCUUACAUCUUUUGCUGUCACCAUAACAACACAGUAUUUAAAUAUUGCUGCAAUGAGACAGAAUUUCAGACUGUUAUGCAGAUGAACCUAACAGGGAAUGCAGAUGGAUAUAUGCAUAACAACUACAGUGCACUGUUAGGAGUGUGGAUCUAUGGCUUUUUUGUGGUGAUCUUGCUGGUACUGGACCUUUUAUAUUACUCUUCAAUGAACUAUGAUAUUUGCAAAUUUUACCUGGCACGGUGGGGAAUCCAGGGAAAGUGGAUGACACACGGACAGAGCCGAUGGAUUAAGCCUGCUCAGGAUCCAAGCCAAGUACAGACACAGCCUCAGCCAGAGACACAGCCUCAGCCUCAAACUCAGCCUCAGCCUCAAACUUCUCAGACAGUACAUACUUUAAAAGGAGAUGCUGUAAGCCCACCCCUGAUGUCUUUUCAGGGUACAUCUGCCUGAAAACUAUACUGAUGUGCCUCAAGAUGGGAGAGGUAAGAUCAGACUCCAAGGAGCAGCUUUCAAGAAAACUAACUAAAUAACAGAGUAGGAAAAAAAAAGGGAAGAUAAGCAUGAGAGAGAGAAAGACUACAG